AUGUUGGUGAUGUGGUUCGUGCUCCUCGGCGGGAUAUGUGGAUUACAGGCUAUGAGUCUGGACAGAACUGGACAGGAAUCCUUCCUGAAGAGAGUGACUGUGUGUAAGAGCGUCAAUGUGUUCAGCAGUGUGACUGUGUGCAGGAGUGAGAGUGACUGUGCGUUCAGGAGCGUGACUGUGUGUAGGAGCGUGACUGUGUUCAGGAGAGUGACUGAGUGUGACUCUGUGCAGGGGUGUGAUUAUGUGGAGUGUCACUAUGUGCAGGAGUGUGACUCUGUGCAGGAGUGUGAUUAUGUGGAGUGUCACUAUGUGCAGGAGUGUGACUCUGUGCAGGAGUGUGAUUAUGUGGAGAGUGACUAUGUGCAGGAGAGUGACUAUGUGCAAGAGUGUGACUAUCUGUACAGGAGCGAGAGUGACUAUCUGCAGGAGGGUGACUAUGUGUACAGGAGAGAGUGUCACUAUGUGCAGGAGUGUGACACAGCGCAGGAGUGUGAUUAUGUGGAGAGUGACUAUGUGCAGGAGAGUGACUGUGUGCAGGAGAGUGACUAUGUGCAGGAGUGUGACUGUGUGCAGGAGCGUGACCAUGUGUACAGGAGAGGAAGUGACUAUGUGCAGGAGUGUGACUGUGUGCAGAAGCGUGACUGUGUGCAGGAGUGUGACUGUGUGCAGGAGUGGGACUAUGUGUAG